GGGCUGGAACAGCUCUCACACACACAACGGCGGGAGGCGGCGGCCCAUCAUGGCUCCCGAACAGGACAAGGCCCACGUGGAGAAUGGCGCGGUCGCAGCCGACGCCACGCCCUUCGAGGAAGCCGUCGCUCUCACAGGUCAGGGUCGCUUCCACUACGCGCUGCUCGCCGUGUGCGGCUUCUGCCUCAUCUCGAUGAUCUUCGAGUCCCUGGCUGCCGCCUACGUCACGCCGGCGGCGCAGUGCGACUUCGACAUGACGUCAUUCGAGAAGGGCUUCCUCGGCGGAACCAUCUACAUAGGCAUGAUCGUGAGCUCGCACGUGUGGGGCUUCGUGGCGGACACGCGCGGCCGCCGCCUCGUGCUGCUGCUCACGCUGGCCCUCGACUUCGUCUGCUCGGUGGUGGCGGCGCUCAUGCCCUCGCUGCCGCUCCUCAUCUUCGUCAGGUUCCUCAACGGCGUCUGGAUCUGCGGGCCGUCGGCCGUGACGUACGCCUACCUGGGCGAGUUCCACGCCUACAAGACGCGCACCCAGAGCAUGGUCUACGCCUGCAUCUUCAUCGCUUUCGCCAUCAUAGCGCAGCCGGGCCUCGCCUGGCUGGUGAUCCCGCAGCCGUGGGAGGUGCCGCUGGGGGGCGUCGUGCUGCGCUCGUGGCGGGUCUUCCUGGUCCUGGGCGCCCUGCCCAGCGCCGCCACCUUCCUGGGGCUCUACUUCCUGCUGCCCGAGAGCCCCAAGUUCCUGCUGGCCGUGGGCAGGCACGACGAGGCGCUCGACGUGCUGCGCAGGAUGUUCGCCGCCAACAGCGGGCUGCCCCCAGACAAGUACCCGGUGAGGGCGCUCGAGGUGGACCCCACGUCAUCGCCAUCGUCGGCGGGCGUCGACGCAAAGUCCCCGCUGGCCGUCGCGCGACACAUGUGGAGGCAGACCGCGCCGCUGUUCCGGCCGCCGUACCUGCUCUACACGCUGCUCGCAUGCGUCAUACAGUUCGGCCUCUACGCCAGCUCCAACGGCUUCCUGAUCUGGCUGCCGGAGCUGCUGAACCGCGUGGGCCAGUACCGCGACCUCUACCCAGACCAGACCGCCACUGUGUGUGACGUCAUCGCCGUCAUGGCUGACCAGGCGGCGUCUCCCGUGUCGCUGGGACCCUCACAGCCCGACUACUACAGUCAGUUUUUCGACGCGCUGGGUUCCAUGGCGGCCAACUGGACAGAGCCGGACGCCGGUGCCAACGUGACGGCAGAGGCGCUCGCGUCUGUGCUGGGGAACAGCUCCUGGUCGGAAGAGGCGACCCUCGCCGCUGGAGCGGAAGCUGCGGCUCCAGGAGCGGCGUCGUGCGUGGCCACCGUGAGUGCGGCCAGCUUCCAGAACUCCCUCAUCACGGGGGCGGGGUCGGCCGUCGCCUACGUCUCCGUCAGCUUCAUCAUCAGGGUCGUCACCAAGAAGACCAUCAUCACGGUGAGCCUGGCGGUGUCCGGGCUGUGCGGGGUGUGCACCAUCUGGGCGCAGACGGAGCUGCAGAUCCUGAUGCUGCCGCUCGCCUUCAUGGUGCUGUCCGGCAUGUGCGUCUCCGUCGUCAACACCGUCGUCGUGGACUCCUUCCCAACAUACCUCAGGGCGAUGGCGGUGUGCCUGUCGCUGUGCUGCGGGCGGCUGGGCACGUUCGUGACGUCACUGAUGCUGGGCGCCCUGAUCGACUCCAGCUGCGUGCUCGCCAUCGCCAUCCUCGGAGGCUUCGUCUUCGUGUGUGGUGUCUUGUCGACGCUGCUGCCAUCUGAAGCGAAGAUGAAGGAGCUCCGGCACUGACGACGCAGAUGUCGAUGACUCGAGUCGACAUUAAGCAGCUACGGAGUACUGAGUCUGAAACCCAUUCUGUGAUAUUUCG